AUGGUGUUGUAUGACAGCCAGGCUCCAGUGUGUCCAAUCUGCCAGGUUCUGCUGAGGCCUGGAGAGCUCCAAGAGCACAUGGAGACCGAGAUGGAGCGGCUCGCAGCAGUUUGCCUCAGUAAGAACCCUUCACCUAAGGAUGGUCUUGUUACGCCUGGCACUCCCAAGUCAAUGCUGUUGUCGGUGCACAUCAAGCGCGAGGGCGAGUCUCCCGUGGUCUCGCCGCUGUCCAUUGAAGACGCUCAUCACUCCGACAGAUACCAGCUAGCAGACAUGGAGGAGGUGCAGAAGAGCAAAGAAACAUUUUUACGGGUUCGGGCAAACAGACAAACGAGAUUAAAUGCGCCUUGCCGCUCCGCUACGACUCCCCGCUCCGCUACGACUCCCCGCUCCGCUACGACUCCCCACUCCGCUACGACUCCCUGCACCGCGCGCUUCUACGACUCUCCGUUCCGCUACGACUCCCUGCACCGCUACGACUCUCCGCAGCGCUACGACUCCCCGCAGCACUACGACUCCCCGCAGCACUACGACUCCCCGCACCGCUACGAUUCCCCGUACCGCGCAACUCGCCGCAACUCGCCACAACUCCCCUCCCCGUGA